UUAGAGUAUGCACAGAGAAUUUCCCUGAAAUUAAAAUAUUUGACAUUUAAAUGUCAUUGUCAAUAAUUUAUUUCUUAAUUAAUCCUAAAUUUUCUAGUCUAUUUAUUAUUUUUUAACAUAAAGGUGGUCUUUGUUUAAUAAUAAAGACUUAUCUUAAAACAAGCAAAAAUGGGGCAAUUCUUGGGCUCGUUCAACGCCCGAGAAGUAGGUCUGAAUAUGGAUGAUAAACCCACAUUUAAUCCUCAGGAUGGAUUUUCUUAUACUAGAAAGGAACGAGAAAUGUUAGCAAAGGAAGAGGACCUGAUCUCGGCUAGAAUUCCACCCAAAUACCGCGAUUACUGUUCACAUCACUUGCUUGAAUAUCAAGUAUGCCGUUACAAGAAUAUGCCACUCCUAUAUAAGUGUGCUCAUGAGAAACAUAAUUAUUUGAACUGUGAACAUCAAGAUUACUUGAUACGAAUGAAGGAAUUCGAAAGAGAACGCCGUCUCAGGCUGAGAGAGAAUAGACUCGUCGGAGUUGCUUAGUUUCAUUCUCUUAGUAAAAAAAUGAACAUUUCUUUGUAAUUACGAAAAUAAAUAGAUCAUGUAAAAUUA